AUGGAGCCAGGGGUUAUCAAGUCGUCCCUUGCAGCUGUCGACGAUGAACACAGCCUGGUACUAUCGGAAGUGGCCUCGACACUUUGUGACAGAGCAGAUGCAGAUAUCAGCUUUUCUGGUCCCAUCGAGUGUCCGGAGCUGAGGUUUUCUCAAGAUAAUUCAGCCUCUGCAUGUGUUGCGCAGAAUGGUCAAAACUUUCCCGUUUGCCCCGAUCACCGAGACUCUAGCUUAUCAUUUCAUCCAUGGUAUGAUGUUUGCGCACUUGAAAGCACUAUCAGGUAUCAUGGGUGCUGUUCUAGGCUGGUCUCAUUCAACCUGCCUCCAGCGCCACCAUUGUCUGCUGAUUUUGUCAAUGGGCUUAAUUUCUUGGCGACAGUCAGUUCGACAGGAUCUCGGAACUUUGACUCUUCCAACACAUGGGAAGCUGGAAGGUACAAUAGUCAAAUUGUGAUGGGCUCGGUGCAACAUCAAGAUAUACAAGAGCCCUCCUAUGCAAUUCACAACGUGGCAGAGCCUCACCACGCAGGCUUGGAAAAUGUUUGGUCCAGCAUGCCCCAGCAGCAAAAAUUCCAAUGUAGUCACCCUGGGUGCAGAAGCUACUUUAGGCGUCGAAAGUCUUUUGCUCGCCAUCUGACUAGUCAUUUGGAAGUCAGACCCCACGUCUGUUGGGUCCCUGAUUGCCACCGCAAAUUUUCUCGUCGCGAUAAUCUCAACGCUCAUUACGUGACACACGGGAAACGUAAUGGACGGAAUCGCUAUGUGGCCACUCUGGACCGAGCGAAUCCGGUUUAUAAUCCUACCUUCUGUGGCCAAUUGACACCUGACGGCUGUCCUAUUGAGUCACCAUCCGGCCAUGUUCUCCGCGAAUGCGAAUUGAGUCUACAAUGA